CUCUGCAGAUCUCUUAUUGAUGACGUGUUCCGUUCGUUUACGUCCAGGUUGAUACAGAAUGGCUGACGAAAACAGGCAAAUCAAACUAGCAGCUGCAAAGAAAAAGCUGAAGGAGUAUCAGCAGAAAACCACCCCAAUAUCAAAUGCUGGGACCAAGAAAAAGAGGAAGGUGCGAGACGGGAGCCGUCCAGACACCCCCUCCAAUGACAGACACUCUCCUGACAACAUUCAGAACAUUCUGAAGGUGUUGGUGUCUGAUCUUUGUCUCUCUAAUGGGGUAACACUACCUCCAUUGGGUGAAGGCCAGGCCUACACUGAUGGUGAAGUGGGCAGCCCGCCCAGCGGACAGCUGGCUGAGGACACGCCUGGCGUGUUGAUUCACUCCUCCAUUGUGUCUAACAGCAGCACUAGUGCUACUAACUUUGAGUGUGUAACCUCGUCGCUUCACUGUGAACCCACCUUGCAGAACCCCAGUGCAUACUGCAAUGAAAACUCACAGGAUGAAAGCAGGCCUCCUGUCUCGUCCACGGAAAGCCUGCGGCAGCUCUCCCAGCAGCUGAACGGCCUGCUCUCCGAGUCCUCUUCAUCCUAUGUCAACGGGGAUAGUGCAAUAACAACUGCCAAUGAAAAGGAGCUGGAGACACGAAACCAGGAGCUGGCAGCUGCCCUAGACUCCAGCAAUCUAACAAACACACAGCUCAGUACAAAGAUAAAUGAACUGAAGCAGCAAUCCCAGGAACUCGCAGACCAAAUGCAGAAGGCACAUAAGGAAUUUGAACAGAAGCUCUUAAAAGAGCAGGGAGCUAUGCGUGAGCAGCUACAGGUUCAUAUCCAGACGAUUGGAAUCCUGGUGUCUGAGAAAUCAGAGCUACAAACAGCACUUUCCCACACACAGCAGGCUGCAAGGCAGAAAGCAGUGGAGGCAGAGGAACUUGGCAACAGGCUUCAGUCGACCAGACAACGAAUGGGAGAGCUGGAAAGAACCCUGUCCUCUGUGUCCACGCAGCAGAAACAGUUUGAAAAGCAUAAUAAAGAACUGGAAAGGGAACGGGACAGCCUUAAGCUUGAAGUUUACAGAUUGAGUAAAGCAAGCGAGGAGGUUAAACAGGAGAGCUCAGAGCUGUCAGAGCAGCUGCGAUUGAGAGUGAGUGAGAACUCUGCCAUGAAACUGGACGUUGAGGACUUGCGCAAGAAGCUGGAGAUGGCCGAUCUCAUGAUCCAGCAGUUCUCCAACCAGUCAGGACCUCCAGAUGCCAACCAUCAACUUCAUAUGGUGAUGGAGGAGAAGCUGCAGCUUGAGGCACAGCUGGGACAGGUGAUUGAAUCCAUACAGCAGCUUAAAGCAGAGAGAGAUCAGUAUGCAGCACAGCUAAAAGAGGAGGGUAACACCUGGAAGGAGAGGGUGGAACAGCUGGUUGGUCAGGUGAACAUACUUUCAGAGGAGAGGGAGAAGAGCCUGGUCAAGACCCAAGAGCUAGAAGCUUUAGUUACAGAGUUGCAGAACACCCCCGCCCAGGUAUCCCAAGAGAGUGUGCCCCAGGCUGCCCCUCAACCUGAGGGACCUACUGAGAGUGAGGCUGCUCUGCAGGAGGCUGUGAACUCACUGCAACAGGAGAAGGAAGCCCUCGGCAACCAACUCCAUGCCCAGGUACGAGACAACGAGCAGCUGAGCCGACUGUGUCAGGAGAAGGAGGAGCGCAUGCUGGAGCUGGAAUGCAUGGUUCAGCGCUUCAAUGACAGCUCAGUGGACCAUCAGCGGAUCCUGGAGGACAUGCAGAGCGACAAGGCCACCAUCAGUCGGGCCCUGGCACAGAACAGAGAGCUCAAAGAGCAGCUAGCGGAGUUGCAAAAUGGAUUUGUCAAACUGACCAAUGAGAACAUGGAGCUGGCCAGUGGGCUGCAGUCAGAGCAGCAUGUGAAGAAGGAAAUAGCCAAGAAGAUGGGGCAGCUGCAGGAGGAUCUACAUCAAGUAAAGGAACAGAUGGAAGUCAAAGUGCAGGAGGCCACAACUCUCCUGGAGCAGAGGGAUCAGUACUUCACACACCUGCAGCAGUACACAGCCGCAUACCAGCAGCUGGUGGUUGAGAGAGAGGAAUUGCACAAACAGUACCUGCUUCAGACACAGCUGAUGGACCGGCUGCAGCAUGAAGAGGUCCAGGGCAAGGUGCAGCUGCAGGUCACCCAGAAAGAGCUGAAUCAGGCCAAGGAGAACCUGAGCCAACUGUUCAAAGAGAAUGAGGAAUUGAAAGCAGAGGUCCAAGAAUUACAUACAAAUACAGGGCUCAGCACAUUGCCAAGAGAUCAAGGUGACGGUGUUGAGAGUAAAGCUUUACCUGAAGGAUUUGAGAAAAUGCCUAUUGCAAUCCCCGAAGACUUCGAGAGCAAAGAAGAAAUGGCUGCCUUCCUGAAGUCUGCCCUGUCUCUGCUGGAGAAUGAGAGAGAUGAGAUAAGCCAGCAGUAUGGGGAGCUGAAAAGGCAGCACCAGGCUGUCAUCCAGCAGAUGACAUCGCUAAGGAGCGAGCAUCAGCAUCACACUAUAGCGGCUGCAGGCUCAGGUGGGGAUGGAGUUCCAGUGGAGGUACAUGAAGCACUGAGAGCAGCAAUGGAAAAACUGCAGUCUCGAUUCACAGCGCUGAUGCAGGAGAAGGUAGACCUGAAGGAGAGAGUGGAGCAGCUAGAGCAUCGCUGUAUACAGCUUUCAGGAGAAACAGACACAAUAGGGGAGUACAUCGCCCUGUAUCAGAAUCAGAGAGCCAUCAUGAAGCAGAGGAACACCGAGAAGGAGGAGUAUAUCAGUAUGCUGGCCAAGGACAAAGAAGAGAUGAAGGUGAAGCUUGGGGAGUUACAAGAUCUGGUGAUGCGGUUGGUUGGAGAGAGGAAUGAAUGGUACAGCAAAUAUGUCAGUUCAGUACAGAACCCUGAUGUGAUUGCCAGCAACAUAGAGCCCAGUGUCCCUGCUGAGAGGCGCAUCGAGUUAAAUGCCACUGACGGAGAAGAAAUGGCAGAAGUAAGUUUGUCAGAUGAGGUGGCUGGAGGCAAGUCAGAGCAGAGUUCAGCCCCCCAGGAGGGGAAGCCCGGACACCAGGAAGACAGGACCACCCGUCAGAUCAUGCAGCUGCUGCAGGAGAUCCAGAACCCUCAGGCCCGGGCCAGUUCCAUCUUCGGGGAGAACCCCUGCAUCCCCUUCUUCUACCGGGCCGAUGACAAUGACGAGGUUAAAAUCAGGAUCGUCUGAGCUGAAAACGGUCUGCAGUUUGCAUAGCAGUGUAGGAACCCAACAAACUCUAAAAAUAACAACAAAUCUGAAUCCUUUCUGACUGUUUCAUAACUUGGGCGGUUUUGUUGUUUUAAACCAAUAAAUUAUACAAUUUUCCGAUUUCUGCCAUUAAAGUUUUAGCUCUGUACCAUCAGUUUAAAAGAAGCAUGAAGAAAAGGCAAAAAUUGCAGCUAUUCCCAGCUAGAUAAUAAAACCGAUUUAAAAUGUUUUUAUGUGCAGCGUUCUACAUUCUUCAGGAGACAUAAAAUAGAAUGAAUAAGUUAUCAAAUUGUGCACAAUGGCAGUAUGAAAAGCAGUGUUCUCAGAAAAUGACCCCAAAACACUGCUAAGGCUUCCAUGUUUUACUAUAUUUUCUCUGCAGCUUGAUAUUGGUGAAUUGCAAAGUCAUGAACCCUCUGUUGUAUUCAAGCACUAUGUAUUUGGACUAGGAAAUUAAUAUCACUGCAAACUACAGCUGGUCGACAUUAGUCUCAGAAUAGGAACCAUAAACACUGACUUAUGACCACUGUCAAUUUCUGCCUGUUGACAGGAUAGUUUGUUCAGAAUUUAGAAUUAUAUCUUGCACAUUUAAAAAAAAAAAAACAAAAAAAAAAAAAAAAAAAAAACAUGCUGAUUACUGCAACUUAAUCAUAAAUUACUGGGACCUGAAAUAGCAAAAUAACUAAGAUUGUCCUGCACGUAAUUCUGCAGGUUACUUCGGGGUUCCUUGCUUGCAGACAAAUUGCCUUGUGUUAUUAGGAAAUAAGAAAUGCACUUUGUACUAGUGAAGAGGUCCACCAUAAAUAGUUUGUGUUUGAAAGAUUUAUUUAAAGGAUUGUUGAAUAAAAUGAGAGGGGUAUAGCAAGAAUAUUUCCUUUUUUGUUUUUUGUGUUUAAAAAAAAAAAAAAAAAAAAAAAAAAAAAAAUCUAGGGUAACAAACAUGAAAUCUUUUAAAUUGUAAUAAGUUUUGAUGGGGUAGGGUGCAUAAACUCUGAACUUGGGUGAGAAGGAAUGAUGACACUACCGGUCAGAGGUUGCUGGUGACAAUGAAGAUUCCAUUUUGAACAAUGAGGAGACUAUGGGCUUUGCUUUUGUCUUAUUCAUUGAUGUAAUGAAUUAUGAACUCUAUUGAAGAAAUUUGAGUGUUAAUAUGGCAUUUAAAGAUGGGAUUACCAAGACGUUAAUACUCAAAUUUGUAUGAUUUAUGAGCAGAAUCAAUUGUCGAUGGUCUUACACUGGUCACUGGUCAAGGCAGUCCUAAAAGAGGUACAGCAUUUUAUUUAAAAGCCUUCAUUGUCUCUACUGUUUUAAAUACUACAUUUAUUUAAAAGUAUUAUCACAUUUUUUGUACCCCUUUUAAAAAUACGUGCUAUGUGGAUAUCUAAAUUGUUUAAACUUUAGAAUUCAUGAUUUCAGUAGUGUUUGAGAAAAGUCUGAAAAAUUAUGCAAGUGUAGUGAAAAAGAAAAUGUAACUUCUGUUCUGAUAAUGCAGAUCUUGUCAGGUGUUGGGUAAGAUUUAAUUUACCCAGUACUUGACUUCAACAGCAGACGAUGAAGAGAGUAACAGAUAAUGAGGGUUGGCGUAGCACUCAGUGCUGCUUUACCGUGUACUUUUUGUGAAGAUUGGCACUGGGAUUAGAUGAAACAUUUUUUCUUUCAUGGGGAAAAGACUGAAAUAUUUGUAUUUCGGUUACUGAAGGUAUGUUAGAAGUAAUGAUCACGGUGUAAGGAAAUAAUGGAUGUUGUGGUUUUUUUUUGGUUUCUUCACGAGUCCAAAGAGCACUGGAACUGAAGAUUCUUACAGGCAUGUGAUAAGUAGCUGUAAAUGUUUUGUGUUUUUAUGCAGAAGACUAAUCUGCAUUUUUCCUAUAAUGGACAGUCUCACUUUGCUCAUGCUCCUUUUUGGGGUCAUUUGUAGAAUGCCAUGGGAAAGCUGAAGACCUUGAUAAAUAACCCAAUUGUAGGCUGUGUUGUUAUCUGUUUAGCCUGUGAUUAUUUGGAGUCAUUCUUACAAACUGUGUUUCCAUUGACUAGCCAUUGCCUAUAAUUACCCUAAUUUACAUUUCUGUUGUUUCAUAGCCUUUUUAGUGUCUUGUGUUGGGCUAUCUUUAUUUUAUAGACUCUCAGUUGCUCCAAACACGACUGCAUUUUGCUGUCUAAAAAUAGAGGCUUAGCUGAUACGAACUAUGGGUUCUCCAGCCUCUGAUCUUAGGGUGCGAUUAAGGAAAUUAGUUUAAACUUUGUUUCCACAAGGCGCCCAAUAUUCCUGUAAUGCUCCCAACUGCAAUUAAUCUUUUAGUGUCUGAAAAGAUUUAAGGUGCCAUCGCAAAAUUCCAAUGGACUAAAUUGUUUGAGGGUCUUAUUUUUAUUUUUGGAAGAUUUAAGACCUUGGUUCCAAAACUAUUAUGAACUUUCUGGCUGUUUUAUAUACAUGUGUGUAAGAAGUGAUGCAACUGGAUCCUGGCCCUAGUUCUGUUAUUAAAAUAAUUAAGGGGAAGGAUGUCUUCUGUAAAAGAAUUCUGUAAAUACUGUAUCUGUGUAACAUAUUGUAUAUUCAUUGAGUAGUAGUAGAAAAAAAAAAAAAAAAGGUUUGCAUCCUUUUCGGCUGCUAUGGCAUUACUUACCUGUAAAUCUAAUGAGAGGUGGGUGGGGAUGUGAUUUAAUAUUGAGGGUUACUCAUAUUUAUUUGCAAUAAAUAUACGCAUCAGUUUUAAGAGAAUGUGAAGACAAAUGCAAUAAUAUGGAAAAAGCAAUUGUCUGCUAUAUUCCUGAAGUGAUUAAUCCUGUUUAGAGUUCCUUUUCUGAAUAAAACUGAUCCAGCAAAUCUGUUAAA